AUGGCGUCGACACCGACCGGCGGGCACCUCGAGGUGCCCGGUCUGCUUGAGUCUACGCACCGUAUCAAGAACGUGCCGGGCUACACCACACCCGUGUUCAAGGGCAAGGAGGAGCAGAAGGCGAAGGUGCUCGCGAACGUCACGUCCAAGGGCUUCAUUCCGCGCGAGCUGGUUACGAACGAGAUCAAUUGGUUCUACACGCACCUCGGCAUCGACGACACGUACUUCCAGUCUGAGUCCGUCGACGUGAUCUCGGACCACAUCAUCGCGCUCUUCGGCGCGAAGGUGCUCGCGUUCACGAAGCACGACCCGUCCAAGCUCGUGAUCGAUCUCGAGAAGGUGAACGAGGAUGGCGCGACGUUCAUCCAUACCAGCACGCCCGGCAAGACAUCGACGGAAGGGCCGGGCGCCACUUGCGAGAGCAGGAUCGACGAGCUCUUCCUGGACAGCAGCACCCCGGAGAAGGCGUUCAGACUAGAGACGUACCGCUCGCAGGGCAUCUCGGCGACGGCGAGCCAGCAGCUGCGGUGCUACUUUGUCACGAAAUGCAACUUUCCGAAGGAGCCUCGCGCGUCGACGCGCACGGACGGCAAGACGGACAUUCGAUCGGUGUCCGACGCGGCUUUCCUCGAGAAGGCGAGCGAGAACACGCUGGAGCUGUACCAGCGCGUGAUGUGGAAUGUUGAGACGCGGUACGGGCCCGUUAUCGAGGUCUAUGAGGUGGAAGGCAGCCGCGAGCGACGGCUCGUCGUUGGGUAUAAAAAGGGCGGCACGAAGAAGUUCUUCAGCGCGCUGUCGAAUCUGUACCACUUCUACUCCUUGUACUCUGCAAGGAAGUAUGUCGAACAAUUCUCGAACGGGAUAACCAUCCUGUGCCUGUACCUCAACCCGCUCCCGGACUCGCAUGCCCCUCCAAUCGAGCACUCGAUCUUCCAGGUCAUGAAGGAAGCUUCGCUGCUCUAUUGCUUGCCCGACAACCCAUUCUUCUACGCCGGCGCGGGUCCUACAGAGGGGCACGCAGUGCAGGAAGCGACUUAUGCUUACUGUGGCUGGAUCUUCGCGCAGCACUUCUGCAACCGCCUGGGGCCUUCGUACCUUGCCUUGCGUAAUAUUCUCGAUGAGUCUAAUGCAUCACACGCGGAGGUGCUGAACGACAUCAAGCGUCGCUUCCGUGAGGAAACUUUCACGCGCGAGAGCAUUGCACAGACCAUCCACGCGCAUCCUGAGCUGAUCAACUUGCUAUAUGUCAACUUCGCCAUGGUGCACUAUCCGGCAUCGGACCAAGCCAAUCUCAUGCCGACACUCUCAUAUCAGCGUCUGCAGACCCAUCAGAUCCUCAGUGAUCAGGAGUUGUACGACAAGAUCCGCAAGUCCGUGCCGAACAAGCACGAGCUCCAAGUGCUCGAGAGCUUCCUCAUCUUCAACAAGCAUGUGCUCAAGACGAACUUCUACCAACCGACCAAGGUCGCUCUGUCCUUCCGCCUUGCGCCGGAGUUCCUUCCUGAAGUCGAGUACCCCAGAAAGCCAUUCGGGAUGUUCUUUGUCAUUGGUGGCGAGUUCCGUGGAUUCCACAUCCGAUUCAGGGAUGUCGCGCGUGGCGGCAUCCGGUUGGUUAUGUCUCGGAAUAGGGAGACCUACUCCAUCAACCAACGCAUGCUGUUCGAUGAGAACUAUGGCCUUGCUUCGACGCAAUCCCUCAAGAACAAGGACAUACCUGAGGGUGGCGCGAAGGGUACCAUUCUGCCAUCACUCGGCUCGAGUCCUCGGUUGUGCUUUGAGAAAUAUGUCGAUGCCGUCAUUGACCUUCUCAUCCCGGGACAAAGCCCGGGCAUCAAGGAGAAACUGGUCGACUUGUACGGCAAGAAUGAGAUCCUCUUCUUCGGGCCAGAUGAGGGUACGGCGGACAUGAUGGACUGGGCGGCCAUUCAUGCGCGUGAACGUGGGGCCGAGACGUGGUGGAAGUCCUUCACCACCGGCAAGAGCGCAGAGAAGCUCGGUGGCAUUCCUCAUGAUACGUACGGGAUGACGUCUCUGUCGAUUCGCCAGUACGUACUGGGUAUCUACAAGCAACUCGGAUUACGGGAGAAGGACAUCACAAAGGUGCAGACAGGUGGACCAGAUGGUGACCUUGGUUCAAAUGAGAUUCUUCUCAGCUCCGACAAAACUAUCGUCAUGAUCGACGGGAGCGGCGUUCUCGCUGACCCCGCUGGCCUUGAUCGCGAGGACAAGGAUGGUUAUCUAGUUCUUGUAGAGGAACAAGAUGUCAAACUGCCUUCUGGCGAGGUUGUGCUUGAUGGAACUGACUUCAGGAACACUGCCCACUUGCGCUUCAAGGCUGACUUGUUCGUACCGUGCGGUGGCAGGCCCGAGGCCGUGAAUAUCUCAAACGUGGCCGCGUUAGUCGACGCGGAGGGCAAACCAAACUUCAAAUUUGUGGUUGAGGGUGCCAAUUUAUUCUUCACUCAGCAAGCGCGUCUGCAUCUCGAAAAGCGCAAGGUCAUACUCUUCAAGGACUCGAGUGCCAACAAGGGUGGUGUCACGAGUUCGUCCCUGGAGGUUCUCGCUGGUCUCGCUCUCUCUACGGAAGAAUACGUCGAUUUGAUGAUCUUCAAAGACGGGAAGCCUUCCACUUUCUACGAGAAUUACGUCAAGGACAUCCAGACCAAGAUCUCUGAGAACGCAGCCGCAGAGUUCUCGUGCAUCUGGAAGGAACACACUCGUGCACAAGGUUCCAAGCUCCGGACCCUGAUCUCCGACGAGCUGUCCAGCACGUUGAACGAUCUACAAGCCGAGCUGGAAAGCUCAGAUUUGUACGACGACCCUGUGAUGAGGAAGAACGUUAUGACGCGGGCCAUUCCAAAAACCUUGGUCGAUCAGGUCGGCGUCGAGGAACUCCUGAGGAGACUACCGGAGACGUAUCAACGAGCGCUGUUCUCGAGCUGGGUGGCGUCCCAUUUCAUCUACAAGUACGGCGUCAAUGGGUCUUCUGUUGAUUUCUUCCAUUUCGUCCGGGACCUUGCAUUGUAG